AUGCUGUUCGGCCUCACAGGCGGCCUCAUUGCCCCGGCCUUGUUGUCCGCCCUGGCUGGUGUCGGCGUUGCCAGCGCGGCCGGCCUGGCUGCGUCCGGCACCCUGGCGUCUGGCGCCGUUGUCGGCGGCUUGUUUGGCGUCGCUGGUGCAGGCUUCACGGUGAAGAAGGCCCGCAACAGGGUCAGCACUAACUUGGAGGAGUUUGAUUUCGAGCGCCCGGAUGACCCGCGCGUGGUCGACACGCGGAAGAAAAAGGCGGAGCGCGAGCGCUUGAAGAUGGAAAAGCUUAUCGCCCAAAGGUUGAGAGAAGAGGCGGAAGCCGCCGGCGUUUUGGCCAUUGAGGAUGCCCCAGAGAAGGAUAGCAAGGCUUUUGACCCAGAGAAGGAGCUCCCGCACCCACCGUCGCUGAGCGAAGAUGAGUUUGAUGACGAAGCGGAGAGCAAGAAGCAUCGCCGCUUUGGCUCGAAAAAGAAAAAGAAACGGCAGAAACUCAAAGUCGGUUCACGCGGACUCGAAGCAGCAAGUCAUUUCCCGAGCCUUCACGUCUGCAUAUGCGUGCCUUCAUGGCUAACAGACCGAUCUUUUGGAGCCGCGUUGGACCAGUUUGAGCCCGCAUUGAAACAAGAGCUCCCCGCCUCACAACACAUUGCUUUGCGUUGGGAGUCGAGAAGAUUGUACGAAAUGGGGCUGGCAUUUGCAAAGUUUUGGGCCUCCAAAGCAACUGUCACUACAGUGCAGCAGGCCUACCCACAUGCCGUUGCUGCUGCCUCCUCAGUUGCUGGAGCUGUCGCGUUUGCGUUUGCGAUGCCUUUGACAAUCAUGUCGUGCAUGGAUUACGUCGAUAACCCGUGGUCUAUUCUCGUUUCACGGUCGAACGGAGCUGGGGAGGAGCUCGCAGAUGUUCUCGUCGAACGCAGCUACGGAAAGAGGCCUGUGUCGCUGUUUGGGUAUUCAAUAGGGGCGCGGGUGGUCUUCAAGUGUCUAGAGUCGUUGGCAGAGAGAGGGGCGCUGGGUAUUGUUGACAACAUCUACGUCAUGGGAGCAGCAGUCACGGCCGAUCCAGAGCGUUGGAAGAAGAUACGACCAGUUGUUGCGGGUCGAAUAGUCAACGCUUACGGUUCCUACGACUGGGCCCUUGCCUUUUUCCACAGAGGGUGCGGUCACGGCGUCUACGUAUCUGGUCUUCGGAGGGUUGAGCUCGAGGGCGUAGAAAACUUGAACAUGUCCUAUCUAGGAAUAGAAGGCCAUCGAGAGCUGAAAGACUGUGUACCUCGCGUGAUGAAGGCAAUGGGUCUCGGUCUCGGUUACAUUAUCAUGCCACCAGCCAGGCUCGUACGUCGACGGGGCCGUAGGAGAAGCAAGACCCGUGGUGAUUCUCCUGUGUGUGAAGAGCCCAAGCGACUUGACAAGAGCGAGAAGGCUGGGUCAUCCAGCAGUAGUCCAUCGGAGAAUGGAAGCAAUCAGCACCUUAAUGGCAUGCGAAAUGACAGGUUUUGGAAAUCUGAAAGUCCCGAGGAUAUUGCUGCAGAAACGGAACUUGAAAUUGAUCAAAACCUGUCACUGCCUCCUAAUGUAGAAUCCCAAGCCCCAUCCGAUCGUGCGGGGACGCUUAACGAGGGAACGGUUUCAAUUGUAGAUAUGGCUGUUAUUGACGGAGAAAAGCUUGCGAAGAAGAAAAAGUCCAAGUCAUGGCUCUCUUGGAACGCAUGGACUGGACAUAGCAGCAAAUCUUCGAGCAAGUCAAAAUCGAAGAAGCUCACAACGGAAGAAGCUCGCAGUGAGGAGCUGCAUGGAACAGGUCAAGACGCGGUUACAGCGAACUAUCUACAAGCGGAUUUGCCUAGUGAAGAUGCCCGCUUGCCGCGUAUAGAGGAAAGCGGACCAACCAUGAACGAUCCCUAUUCUAGUACUUCUCAACGCGACGACCAGUAUGCUUCUACCAAUACAGAACUCGACAACUUUGAUGAAGACGAUGUGGGCCUUCCUGACGACGACGAUGAGAAUGAAGAGGAAUUUGAUUGGGAGAAGCAACGCCGGAUAUGGGAAGAGCAGGAGCGACAAAUCCAAGAACGAGGAUUUGCAGACUCUGCAGCGGAAAUUGAGAUGAGCCACAAGAUGAUUUUGGGUGUGGGGAUAGAGGUGGCGGGCAGGCGGAUACACGGUUAUCUUGAGCAAGACGCAGACCUCCCUGUUGCGAAGAAGGAAGAACUAUUUACUAACUGCUUAGAAGAUCAGCGAGGCGUGGUUGUGCGCAUAUAUGAACACGAGAAGAGAACUAAGUCGGUAUCGCUGAACAACCUGAAGAGCGACGAGCAGUAUCCGAAACUUUUGGGUGAGCUUGAACUGAAACUAAGGGAAUCAGCUGUGAAGGGAAAGCUUCGCAUUGCUGUUGCGAUGUCGACGUGUGAAAACGGAGAUGUAUAUGCGGAGGCAGAGGAACGGUUCCCGGACGGAAGUAUUGGGGAUAAAACGGAGCUUCUUGUGCGGAGGGCGGAGCUUUGUACGAUGGCGGAACGCACUCGCUUAGAAGCAGCGGAGCGGAAGAGAAUUGAAGCCCAGCUGCAAAAGGAAUUGCGGAUUCGAGCCGGACCUGAAGCACUCGCUUUACCGCCGGCUGCUGAGACAUCGAUAGAGAUCUCAAAUGAAAAGAAUCGCCCCGAGAUUGAGGAACCAGAGUUUGGAAACGAGAAAGCGGAUUCUAAUUUGAGAGAGGGAGGAGGUGCUAAACCAGUCGACGGUCAUAUACAGGACUCGCAAACGCCAGGUCCUCGUGGAAAGUCGGAAGAGGAUGUAACCCAGGCAUGUUGAUGUUGAUACCGUACGAACUUAUUCAAAGACCCUGUGCUAACUAUGUACAUAAACCAACUUACAGUAGAUUAAAACAAAUCAAUACCGCUGGA